GGCGAAGAGUUCGUGCUGGCUGGUGGUUCGCUAGUUAGUUUCGCGGCAGCGAUAUCCCCUGAUGCGCGUGUGCAUGUAACGUAUAAUAACGUGUUAGGAUAGAUUCGCUUAUACAGAGAAAGAGAGACCUGAAAGACUGUUUUCCCUCGGUCGUUCAAUACGCGCGCGCGCGAAACGAAUCGACUUCGUCCAUAGUAUCGUCGAAGUUCUCGUCGGAGACGUCUGUGACUUUACACCCCUUGUUCGAGUGAGAAUUCACUGAACAAUAUAUGACAAGGGUGCACCACGGUUUCCAUUCCUGUUCUCCUUUAUCUUCGUUUCUAUCUUUUCCCAGUCUAUUUAUUUCCUAUCAAUCCGUUCCUCUAUUUACCGCUUCUUCUUCUUACCCACCAAUUAUAUUUACAUAUGGGCCACGUUUCACCCUUGUCCCGUCUCUGUUUUCACUCGUAACACCUACUAUCUUAUCAACCUUCGUUCGUUUUUUUUCCCCUCACCUUGUAUCGUUCAUCGUCGCAUCGUUGUCAUCUCGUUCGAACGAUGUCGAGGACGAGAUGUUCGUAACACUUUGGAUAAAACAGGUGGUAACUAUGGCCUGCCAGUGCUAUACGGAGUGACCAGCAAGAAACCGAUUGAUUUUGUGUCAUUUUCCAUCCUAUUGUUGUUCGAUAUCAUUGUAAACGUCGCGAUGCAAUUAACUGUGGAAUCGUGUGUGAAUGAUAUCGAGGGGACGACAUCGCAGGACAGACCGGAUUAAGAGUAAAACACGCAACGAAACAUCAAGGGAAAUCCUGCAACGUUUCUCCUGCUUCAACCUUAUAGCUCUCCUUUUUCUCCUUCUGCCUCUUGCUCCCUCUCUCUCACCCUCUGAUUUUUUCCCUUCUCACAUAAUCGUUUCUUGCGGAUUCGAUUUACUUUUCGACUUUCUUAUCGCUUGGUGGUGAAACGCGUCACAGUGGCACGAUCGUCAUCGACGAAAAAAGAAGAAUCUAUAUACAUACUGUACCGCGACACACAUUCGAGCUCGCGCUCAGUCAAUAGCAGCUGCAUCCUUUGAAAUUUCAAAAGAACCACCAGCAGGAAGCAUUCGCGAGGGUCGAAACAUAGGAGACCGUGGACUUGGAAUGAGCCACGAACAAGCUAUUGAAAGAAACUGCCCUCCCACCGUAUAUCGUGGUGUAUAUUAAAGGAUCCUAAGGAGGAAGAGCUACUUAAAGACAGUAUUAUGUGUUUCAAUUAUAUAGGACAAAUAACGUAGAAGAAAGUAAUGUAGGAACAGGUUAGGAAAUCGUCGAGGAGCGAAAGGAGCGAAACGGAAGGUAACUAAGGGAAAACGAACGAAGUGACGAGCUCUAUAUAGGAAACCCGCAACGAUGAAAGCUACAAAUUCCGGUGAGCCGAGGAACCAAAGAUUCCAAUGAUACCUUCGCAAGCUGGCCGUGAGGGAUAUAAAGGUUCUCCCAACCCUCCGAGCAACAGCUCCGAGGACAAUGGCUUCGCUAAUCGACCUCGAGUGGCGGGCCUUUACGCGACGAACCUCUUCAGAGAAGAGCCCGUUCGAUUCUCGUCAGGAGAAACUACUCGAUCUCAUGGUACCGCGCGAGAUAUUCUUGAGAGAUCGACGCAAGAGAUUGGAAGUCAAAGAAGUUUAAACCUUCCUACCAGCGUUCCCGAAGAAUUCGAGCUUUUGGAUCGUUCGAGGAUCGGGAUAUCGAGAACGCCGCAACCAUCGAGGAAAGAGGAGGUUAGCGGGUUUCGUUACGAGUCCAGACCCAGAAGGGAUUACCAUGGAUCGUCGUCGUCGUCGUCCACGGAAAAAAUUCGCGCGAGGGAACAGGAACGUCACGAGGAACGCGUCGCGCGUGUUACCGACGCGUAUUCUCUUCGGGGAUCCCUACUCGAGUUCCCGCGUUCGGAUGAAACGGCGUGGAUGAAAUCUAACGUUGACAAUUCGAAAGUAUCGAAUAACGAUUAUGCCGGUAGGCGAGGUCAAGAAAGUAGUUCGACUUUUCCCUCGGCUUCUGCUUCGAUACUCAUAUCGCCCGCCAGUGAAACUAGUGAAUGUCACGUGAUAUCCCCACCAGAGGUGGAGAAGCCAUCCCCACCACCGUACACGGGCCUCAGUCCGCCGGAAUAUAGGGGAAACGAGUACGAAAAUAGUGAAACCCCGUCGCCGAUUUUUCCUUCGUAUCCUUUGUCAUCAUACGCGGAAGAAACGCGUCAUAGACGAUCUUCCUCUUUGGACACGGAGCUUCGAUACGCGUUACGAGACGAUCGUUUGAGAUCAGAGAAUCGAUUCGAAUCUUCGAUUGUCGACCGCGAGGAAGCUUCUGGUACCGGUAGAUCGAGGCAAAUCGAUCACCAGGAGCCGUCGGAAUCGAACGUGGUAAUCGAAAAGUCCGCGGACGAGGUAACCUCGAGAUUCAGGGACGUAGCAAGAUUAAGACCCCCUUUGACAGCGGCUGCCGGCGCAUCGGCCGAUUCCGGAACCGGUGAUUCCGGAAGCGCAGAAAUUCAAGUAGAUCCUAUCGGUACACCUCGAGUAACAACUGCCGGCGAUUCUUCCGGCGAUGGAAGGGACGAAACCGGAAACGGUACUGCCACCAGUAAAUCGUCUAUUAAGACACCAACUGGAAACAAUAAGCAAACAGUGAAGCUCUUUACGAAGGAAAGUCUCGACAGGUUGGAAAACAGAACCGUGCAACUCGUCAGGGAUUAUGGCUUUCAACCGAAGAGACGAAUGUCCGUUGAGGAUGGCGCGGUGCUUCCAAACAAAUACGAACCUUUCCCGACCGAACUUUACGGUAGACCACUCGAGGAAAUCGACAACUUUAUAUACGACGAGACAUUUUGCGUGGUAUCGAAGAGGUUUCGUAAGAAUUACAUUCACAGAUUUACGGCAACAAGCAGUUGGUUCAUAUUUUCUCCAUGGAAUCCUAUAAGACGGUAUUGUAUCUUCCUAAGCACGAAUCAGUACUUCGAUUACUUGGUCAUGGCUACGAUAAUAUUAAAUUGUGCCUUCCUCGCCAUGACGGAAACUAUCGAGGAAGCCGAAUAUAUAUUCUUAGCUAUAUACACGGCCGAAAUGGUAAUAAAAUCAAUAGCCAAGGGAUUUGUGCUCAAUAAGUAUACUUAUCUGCGAAAUCCAUGGAACUGGUUAGAUUUCGUAGUGAUCACUAGCGGCUAUGCAACUAUAGGGAUGGAAGUAGGAAAUUUAGCUGGACUUAGAACAUUUCGAGUUUUGAGAGCCCUCAAAACUGUUUCAAUUUUGCCUGGUUUAAAAACCAUCAUCAACGCAUUGUUACAUAGUUUUAAGCAACUUGCCGAGGUAAUGACGCUCACGAUCUUUUGUCUGAUGGUUUUUGCAUUGUUCGCCUUGCAAGUUUACAUGGGCGAGCUUCGAAACAAAUGUGUGAAAAAUUUGGAGUCUAAUAAUACAGAAAUCGACUGGCACGAGUGGACUUGGAACUCAUCCAACUGGGCAUUCAACGAAGAUGAAGAACCAAUAAUUUGCGGUAACGCAACUGGCGCCAGGCACUGCAACGAGAGCUAUAUCUGCCUUUGCGUUGGCCCAAAUCCAAACCACGGGUAUACAAAUUUCGACAACUUCCUGUGGUCAAUGCUCACCACCUUUCAGUUGAUUACAUUGGACUACUGGGAAGACGUCUACAAUAAGGUAUUGUCGGCGUGCGGACCUAUCAGCGUCUCGUUCUUCACGGUGGUCGUGUUUUUUGGCUCAUUUUAUUUAAUCAAUCUAAUGCUCGCGGUCGUUGCACUGAGCUACGAAGAGGAAGCCGAAAUAACGAACGAGGAAAGACGGAAAGAUUUAACCGACCAUCGCGAGGACUCGACGUUUAGUUUCGACCCGACAAAAAUCAACGUCAAGACACUUGCUAAAGAGAAACAAAAGAAAUUAGAUGCUAGGAAAGGCGUUCUUCUAAGUAGUUACACGCGUAAGAAAACGCGAAGAAGAAGACGAGGAAAAAGCAACGUUGGUUCAAGCUCGUCUGGUCAAGAUAGAAGCGGUUCUGUGCCAAGCAGAUCGGUAACACCGAGCCCGAGUCCAAGUCCAAGGCAUUCGAAUGUCCGACCAUCUCAUUUAGCUCUCCAAAACGUCAGCCCACGAACGGUAGAGAACAAUACCGUUCACAGGCUGGCACCGAAUCGUGGGAUGCUUCAUUCUCGUCAGGCAAGCAACAACAGUAAUCAACAAUCGUCGUUGGACGACUCAGGGGUGGUCGACGACCACGAUGCCGACGACGUAACGUCUGUAGAGGAACACGAUAGGCGGGACAAUAAAGAAUCUAGAUCCGACUGGCACGAGAAAGUAGCUACUAACAAUAAUGGCGAUGCCAAUGCCGAAUCUAGUACAGGAACGAGAAACGGUAUCAAUAACGAGGCCGAAGGUGACCGAGAAAAAUCACAACCUUCCCGUUCCGGUGGUUUUCGUGCCUCUACAAACGUUUCUGCUUCUCUCGGUACCGGAACUACGCGAGAGAUCAGAGUGUUCAAGUGCAACGGUGUGAAAACAAAGAAACAAAUGUACACCCUGCCCCCAGAGUAUUUGUCGCAUAUUGUUAUUUUAGAUGAUCUUCCUGAUAGAAAUUGCGAGAAGUGUAUUCAAUGCUGUGUAGAUUACGAGGGUUGGCUACGAUUUCAGAAUUGUUUAUAUAAGGUAGUGAGAGAUCCGCUAUUCGAGUUAACGAUCACGCUGUGCAUCGUCCUGAACACCGGUUUCCUGGCGAUGGAACACCACGGGAUGAGCGAGUCUAUACGACAGGCUCUGAACAUCGGCAACAAAGUGUUCACCAGUAUCUUCACCUUUGAAUGUUUACUGAAGCUGUUAGCGUUGAGCAAAGAUUUCUUUGCCAACGGAUGGAACAAUUUCGAUUUGAUAAUAGUGUCAGCGUCUCUGAUAGAUCUUACCUUCGAGCUGGUAGACGGUCUCUCUGUGAUACGCGGACUGAGACUUCUUCGAGUAUUAAAAUUGGCCCAGUCAUGGACGACGAUGAAGGUCCUCCUAAGUAUCAUCAUCUCGACGAUCGGUGCACUUGGAAACCUGACUCUGGUUUUGGUGAUCGUGAUCUAUAUAUUCGCCGUGAUCGGCAUGCAAUUGUUCAGCAAAGACUAUACAUUGGACAAGUUUUAUCCGGACCCGGUACCGCGUUGGAACUUCAACGAUUUCUUUCAUUCGUUCAUGAUGAUAUUUCGUAUACUUUGCGGCGAAUGGAUCGAGCCUCUGUGGGAUUGCAUGCGAGCGGAAGAGGAAGACGGACCCGAGGCUUGUUUCGCCAUAUUUUUGCCAGCUCUUGUCAUGGGUAAUUUUAUGGUACUGAAUCUCUUCCUUGCUUUGCUGCUCAACAGUUUCAACUCGGAGGAGCUGAAACAGAAGAAAGAGGAAGUCGGCGAAGAUUCGAAACUCGCAAGAUCGUUCGAUCGCAUACGUUCCAUCAUACGUAAGAACAAAUGCUCGCGUUUUGCCCAAGGGGGUACGAAGAGCAGAGGCGAGGAUGCACGUUUGGAAAAGAUUGUCCGACGCGUUAUGGAUAGAUCCGACAACGAGACUAACUACGCUAUUCAAGAGACUGUGCUCAGCCUUCCAAAAGAUAACGUAUACAAUAGAUCUUAUCAAGAAAGUUUAAAUCAGCCUGUUUUUACUUACGACUCGGUGUACUCUCAGUCUCAGUUGGAGAAGCAGAAAUACGAACAAUGGGAGAAAGACGAGGAUGAGGAGGAGGAGGAGGAGGAGGAGGACGAAGAGGAACGAACCGAGGAAUCGCACGGCGACCAAGGUAAUUCGAAGAGAAGAAAAGAAACCGAAUCGAAGGAAAGUAAUUUAGAGGAAUAUCAAGAGCACGAGAUUACAAAAGACUCGUCGACUAAAGCACCGGCUGAGGAAAGAAUAGCGAUGCUACCUCAAGAGGAUCCUUUUCCAAAACGCGAAGAUCGUGUACCAAAACGACCAUGGCAUGCCCUGGUUAGUUACGUAGACGAACUGACCGUAGGUGGUAGAAGAGACAGUAAAGGAAAGUACAUUGAUGGUAUGGGAUCGUUUCCUGGUUUUGGAAGGAACAAUCGUCGUAAGGAACCGCAAGAUUGUUUUCCACGACAGUGUUACCAGAAGUGUACCUGCAUCGAUCGAUGCGUUGCAACGACUAUCGGCAAAAAAUGGGUCAGACUACGAACGAUAGUUCUAUCGGUCGUUGAUACACCUGGCUUUGAAUGGAUGAUAUUGGUUUUCAUUUUUGCAUCCUCCAUAACACUUUGUUUCGAAGAUAUUUAUCUAGAUGAUAAUCCUUUUUUGAAGAAAAUUCUCUAUUGGACCAAUCUUGGCUUCUGUGCGCUUUUUAGUAUUGAGAUGUUACUCAAGUGGCUAGCUCUGGGUUUCUGCAAAUAUUUCACCAGUUUUUGGACUAUCUUGGAUUUUAUAAUCGUUUUUGUAUCAACAUUUAGUCUGUUGAUAGAAGAGAACGAAAAUUUGAAAGUGUUAAGAUCUUUAAGAACUCUACGAGCACUGAGACCAUUGCGAGCGAUAUCGAGAUGGCAAGGCAUGAGGAUCGUAGUGAACGCGUUGAUGUAUGCGAUACCUAGUAUAUUCAACGUGCUCCUCGUCUGUCUCGUGUUCUGGCUGAUAUUUUCUAUAAUGGGUGUACAAUUUUUUGGCGGGAAAUUUUUUAAAUGCGUUGACGAGUACGGUGAAUUGUUAGAUAUAUCGAUCGUUGAUACGAGGGACGAUUGUCUGCGAAAAAAUUACUCGUGGGAAAAUAGUAAAAUCACUUUUGAUCACGUUGGGAUAGCGUACUUGGCCCUAUUUCAAGUAGCCACGUUCGAGGGAUGGAUGGAGGUAAUGCAGGACGCAGUAGAUGCAAGAGGGGUAGAUCUUCAGCCUCAAAGAGAAGCAAAUAUCUACGCGUAUUUGUACUUUGUGAUAUUCAUCGUUUGCGGCUCUUUUUUUACACUGAAUCUAUUUAUCGGAGUUAUUAUAGACAACUUUAACAUGUUGAAGAAAAAGUACGAAGGUGGGGUGCUAGAAAUGUUUUUGACCGAAAGUCAAAAGCACUACUACACUGCCAUGAAAAAGCUCGGCCGUAAAAAGCCGCAAAAAGUGAUCAAGCGUCCGAUGAAUCAAAUCCUCGCAAUGUUUUACGACCUAUCGAAUUCCCGCAGAUUCGAAAUAGCAAUUUUUAUUUUGAUAUUCUUAAACAUGCUGACUAUGGGAAUCGAGCAUUACGGUCAGCCGCAUCCGAUUUUCUUCGUCCUCGAGGUGUCGAACGCAUUUUUCACGACUGUAUUCGGAUUAGAAGCGAUCGUUAAGAUAAUAGGACUUCGAUAUCAUUAUUUCACCGUACCGUGGAAUCUGUUCGAUUUCCUUCUGGUACUCGCUUCGAUUUUAGGAAUAUUAAUGGAGGAUAUUAUGGUAGACUUUCCUGUGUCCCCGACGCUCCUGCGAGUCGUGAGAGUGUUCAGAAUCGGUCGAAUCUUGAGGCUAAUCAAAGCCGCUAAAGGUAUUCGAAAACUACUGUUCGCUCUGGUGGUCAGUCUUCCAGCGCUGUUCAACAUCGGUGCCCUAUUAGCCUUGAUUACAUUUAUUUAUGCCAUUAUCGGCAUGUCGGUCUUUGGUCAUGUUAAGAAACAAGGCGCUCUUGACGAUAUGGUAAAUUUCGAAACUUUCGGUAGAAGCAUGCAAUUAUUAUUUCGGUUAAUGACAUCAGCCGGUUGGAACGACGUCUUAGAGUCACUGAUGGUACAACCACCAGAUUGCGAUCCGACUCCGACUAGCCGACAAAUGAACGGAAAUUGCGGAUACCCUCUCUUGGCAAUAACUUACUUUACUUCCUUUAUCAUAAUCAGUUACAUGAUCGUAAUCAAUAUGUAUAUCGCCAUCAUUCUUGAAAACUUUAAUCAGGCCCAUCAGGAAGAAGAGAUCGGUAUCGUCGAGGAUGAUUUAGAAAUGUUCUACAUCCGAUGGUCCAAGUAUGAUCCGCACGCAACACAGUUCAUAAACUUUUCGCAAUUAAGCGAUUUCAUAGCGAGCCUAGACCCACCAUUAGGAAUAUCGAAGCCCAACAUGGUUGCGUUGGUUAGCUUCAAUCUUCCUAUCGCUAAGGGUAAUAAGAUUCAUUGUCUGGACAUUCUGCACGCACUUGUCAAGCACGUUCUUGGACACGUCGAGGAGUCCGAGGAUUUCCGAAAGUUACAGGAACAGAUGGACAUCAAGUUCAAGAAACAAUUUCCUACUCGUAAAGAACUUGAAAUUGUUUCUUCAACGAGAAUGUGGAAACGUCAGGACAAAGCUGCUAGAUUGAUUCAGAGUACUAUCAGGGAUUAUAUAAUGGCAAAGAAGGAACGCGAAAGGGUUGCUCAAGAGGUGGAUUCACAGACCCAAACGUCAAGCCCUGGUGUUGGGAAUGAGGGUAGGGGCGGGGGUGGAUGGAGUGGCAAAGUAUCGGCUUUUUUGCAUGUACAUAGAGGUAGCCGUGCCAGUAGCCGCAAGUCCUCGAGGGCCAGCGACGCCAGCGAUUUCAGCGAGCUCGGUGCCGCUUCGGCAUGGCUUUUUCCAAAUUUGCCUCUGCUGUUGCUCUCCGGCGCCACCGGUACUCAUGAGGACCUGCCUCCUCCUGCUCUGACCGUAUCCCGUCCCUCACCAACCACCGAACAGCAAUCGUUUGUCGGUUCCUCUAAUGCUAGUGCUACUUCCUCCGAUCUACACGCCAGAUCGUUCGCGGGACCGACCCUCGGCCGACAAGAUGCCGUUGAAAGUUAUCCCGACGAGGAAGUUCCAAGUCUUCCUACGAAGCGCAGAUCACUUCCACCGAGUGUCACAACGCUCUCUCUGAACACGUUACAUCGCGAUAUCAAAGAAGCAUUUAGCAGACGUUGCGGUAGCCUUCGAAAGAAACAUCAACCAGCUACUGAACCAGCCCCGCUGCCAAUCGAAUCAACCGACGAAAAAUACGAGAAGGACAAGGAAAAGAGAGGGAAAGAGAAGAUGGAAAGAGGAAAACUACGCGCGAAUUUUCCAAAAUAAUGAACGAUUAUGUUAUAACGAUGUUAUAUCACUGUUUCUUCACAUUUUUAAAAUGAGAAAAAAAAAACAAAAAAUAAUAAUGUAGCUUUACUAGUAUCGCUAUCGACUUCCUGUGCGAUGCCAGUUAACGUAGAACAUUAAUGUAUAUGUGGAGGUUCGGCUUAACCGAAAAAGUUAUUCACAUUACAGUAUUCCUAAUACGUAAUGAGGUUACAUGCUUACAUUAUAGCGUACAAUUUUGUGAGAUUCGUCCUGUACCUUUUAGAAAAGAGAAAAGAGAAGAAAAAAGCUUUUUCUUCUGGACACGUUCCAUUGAACAGCUUAGUGAUCGAUAUUAAGCUUUCCAUUAAUCAAUAUUUUCAAGUCAAUAUUUUCUUCUUAAUUAAUAUCAAAGCAAAUGUACACCAUUUCUUUGUUUAAUCUUGCACAAAUUAAAAUAAGGAUAAAUAAUUACUUGCACAUGAAUUUACUCACAAAUUUUUACAAGUACAAUUUUCUACAUCUUUUUUAAUUUCUACAUUUAAGUGGAAAACGUGAAGUCGAUCGCUAGCGAGCAACAGAAUAAGAAAUCUGUUAAAUAAUAUACAAAUAUUGUUGGUUAUUGUUAAUAUUAUUGAACGCUGGAUCAUGUUCAGAAGAGGUAGCUACGCCCCUUUAAUGUUUUUCGCGUUAUGUGUUUUAAAUACGGAACGAAUUUAAUUUGACAGAUUGUACGAAUAAUUGCACAUAUUAUUCGAAUGAUAAUUACAAAUAAAACGAAAAUUAUUCGAAAAUGACGAAUAUUCUUUUAUUUGAAUAAUAUAGGUAAUUAAUUCGAAUAAUAUACAGAAAUUGUUCGUUUCUUGUUCAUUUUUAAAUUUUGUUCACUGUAUCGAAUGAAUUCGAUAGAUAUACAUAUCGAUAAUAGAUCGAAUAUUCAAAAGUUGGCUAUGGUAUAAAUAUGUAUAAAUAAUUUUCGCGUUUGACAUAAUUUUUCGUCUUAAAUUUGUGCAACAAAGUAACGAAGGAACAUGUAUCGCAAACAACUGUGCAUAUAACAUAAAAUUGAAAGCUGAGAUUUAAAAAAAAAAGGAAAGGAAGAGGAGGAGAGGGAAAGAAAGUGAUAGAGAUGAUGGGAAAGAGCACAAAGUAUAAAAAAGAAGACAAAAAAAAAAAUGAGAGAAAGGAACAACGAAUUUUGUAGUAAUUAGUUACAUUUUUACUGUAACCUUAUCAGUCCGUCUUUAGUUGUUUAUUUAGUAUUUAGAUCUCUCAUAUAAGAACAGAAAACUUAUUGAUUUAGAUGAGGAUAGAUUUUCAUCUUUACCUUUUUCAAUUUUCCUUUUCACAAAUAAUUAUUGCCAUUAACACGCCACGACCUCUUGUCGACCUCUAGUGCCUAUUAGAAGAAAAAAAAAACAAAAACAAAAAACGAUUGUGAGUUAAUAUACAUAUACAGAAGUAUAAACAUGUAUAUUAGAUUUUCAUAUUAAAAAAAAAAGAAAUGUAUUCGUACGAGGAAAAAUGGUACGAGUUAAAUUUAUGUAAACCUCUUGCUAGAACGUACGACGGUACGUUACUUUUAGAGUUUAGCAUUUGAUGCUUAAUGCUUGGAUAAAUCUGUUUUUCGCGUGUUAAAUUACAAAAUAAUAUAGCAUCGAGGAUCAUGUGAAAAAAAAAAAAGAAGAAAUGUUAAUGAAUCAUACGAAUAGAAAUUCAACAAAGAGCAAAAUUGAAUGUUUUUUGAAAAGAAAAAAAGAAAUCCAAUUCCAGAAAUGUGAUCUUUGCAGGACACGAAGCGUAAAUGUAUGCAUCAUGUCAAUUAAAGGCAUAAAUAUAUUGUACUUAAUUCGUAACUGACGUGUUUACACGCGAUACGUCUAGAAUACUAUAGGUACUUAUAAAUAUACCAAAACACAAGAGACUGGACAUACAUGACCUUGCUAUCCCAAUACCUGAGGAUAGUGAAAUUCCAAAGAAAAAAAAAAAAAAUAAAAUAAAUUGUACAAUCACGAUCGGGUAUCCUGUGGGAACCCGACAAUUUUUUUAGAUAUUAUAGCUUUUCUGCGCAUUUUUCUGCGUGUCUGCGUGCUGCGUGCGUGUUGUGUGAAUAAAAAUUCGAUAGGAUAAA